UACGCGGAGCAGCGUGAGUGAGUGAGUGUGGCGGGCUGGCUGGUGCUGGGCGGCGCGGCGGCAGUGCUGAGGCGGACGGUGCCGGGGCGGGAUGGAGGAUGAGCUGCGCUGCGGCCAGUGUGGCGGCUACUACCACGUGCCUGUUUUGCUGGCGUGCCGCCACGCUGUGUGUCUGGCGUGUGCCCGGGAGCUACAGAAGCCUGCCGGGGGCGUCCCGCGGGGCGAGGAGGAUGGCGGCGGCGGCGGCGGGGCGGGCGGCGAGGAGGCGGGCGAGGGCGCCGAGGUGGACAAGUUGUCCGUGCUGAGUGACGCUGACUCCGGGGUGUCCUGCAGCUCCCGCCCCGCCAGCCUGGUGGGCGGCGACCCCCCGCCGCCCCCGCCCGUGUACACCGUGACCUGCCCCGCGUGCGGCGCCGCCACGCCCACGGACGAGGCGGGGGCGGCGGGCCUGCCCAGGUACCGCGUGCUGGCCGCCGUGGUGGACAAACACCUGGAGCGGUACCAGGUGGCGGAGCCCUGCCAGCUGUGCGAGGGCCAGGGGGCGCCGCGCCCCGCCCAGCUCUUCUGUGACCAGUGUCUCGUGUUCUACUGCGGCCCCUGCCGCGACUCCUGCCACCCCGCCCGCGGCCCGCUGGCCGCCCACUGGCUGGUCAGCGUGGGCGAGGGGCGGGCGCUGCUGAGGGCGCGGCGGCGGGAGCGUGAGGGCCGCUGCGCCCACCACCCCGGGGAGCACGUGUCCAUGUUCUGCCUCACCUGCCGCCUGCCCGUCUGCGUCCUGUGCCUGCACCACGGCAGGCACCACGCCCACGACGUGCACGCCCUCAACGCCGUCACCAAGACGCGCAAGACGGAGCUCUCACAGGCCCUCCAGCAGCUCAGUGAGAAGGCGAGGGCGGCCACCGACUUCAUACACACCUUGAAAACCAUGUCUGAGGAUGUACAGGGUCGGUGUCGAGAGGUGGAGGGCGUGAUGGUGGCUCAGAUCGACGCAUUGGUGGAGGCGCUGCAGCAGAGACGCGGAGACCUUAUUAACUGGGUGCGGAGACAGCGGGAUGGCAAGGUGCACGCGUUGAGGGAGCAGGUGACGGACUACACACACACGCUUCAGUCCACCACAGCAACCAUCCACUUCUGCAUCGAGGCCUUGAAGGAAUCUGAUCCGGCUUCCUUCAUGGAGACCCAAGAGGUGUUGGAGGAGCGGGUUCAUGGGCUCCGGCAGGGGUGGGAUCAGUCCAUGGCCCCGGAGCCCCGCGUUGCACCCACCUUCAACCUCACCCUGGAUGACAAGACCCUCCUCGCCGCCAUCCAGCAGCUCACCUUCAUCCAGCACAAACCUCCCGGCACCCCUUCCAUGAUCCCCGAGGAGUGCAGUGCGGAAAACAACAGUGUGACCAUCGCCUGGGCCCCGCACCCUACCUCCCUGGUCACCGGUUACACCCUACAGAUUGAUGACGGGUCGAAUGGGCCGUUUAGGGAGGUGUACACGGGUGAGGAGCGAGUGUGUACCAUCGACGGGCUGCACUUCGACUCAAUCUACCGAGCACGUGUGAGAGCCUUCAACAACACAGGGACGUCAGCGUACUGCGAGCCGCUGUGCCUGCAGACCGCGCAAGUUGCCUGGUUCACCCUGGACAGCGAUCACCCAGACGUCAGCUUGGUGGAGGGCGGGGGCACCAUCGCCUGCGACUCCUACGAGCACCGCGUGGCCGUGGGCUCCGUGGGGCUCUCCCGAGGGACGCACUACUGGGAGUUCAAGAUUGAGCGCUACGACGGGAACGCUGACAUUGCCUUUGGUCUUGCGCGGCCGGAUGUGUGUCGGGAGGUCAUACUGGGCAAGUGUGGUGGCAGCUGGAGCAUGUACAUAGACGGGGAGCGAUCGUGGCUGAUGCAUCGCGGGGAACACUUCAGCCGGGCGUCGGGCGGUGUGAGGGCGGGGGACACUGUGGGGGUGAUGCUCAACUUCACCCAGCGCACCCUCAACUUCUACGUGGCGGGGGAACUGCAGGGCUCCAUCUCACUGGCGGGCGUGGUGGGCGUGCUGUACCCUGCCAUCAGCCUGAACCGCAGCGUCGUGCUCACGCUGCGCACCGGCCUGCACCCCCCCAAGCAGUACCUCGCAGCCGCCCCCGACGUGCCCCAGGCCUAGAAACACACACAUGAACACACACAUCAGACGUACACACACACACACACACAGACGGUAUUGCAAUCAGUAAAUCGUCCACACACACACACACACGUACUAAAAACACACAUGCUCACUUACAUACGCACACGAGUUUGUACAUAUUAACUAGAUAACUUAGACACACACUUACAUACAUAUUUAUACACAAGAUAAAACACACAUACACACAUAUACAAACUGAAAGCAAAAUACAACACACUAUACAACACACUAAUCUAUACAUACUGACAAGAAAACACACACACACACACACACACACAGGAGGGUCUAUAGUGAAGGGAGGAUGAAGGAAGCUCAUUGUAAGUUGGUCCAUCUCUCUCUCUCUCACUGUAUCUCUCUCCCUCUCUCGUGUGUCUCCCUCCCUCUGUGUAUAUAUUAUCGCGCGUCCCAAGGCUGGAGGUAUACAUAAGUAGGUGUAGGUUAGUGGUGUGUGUAGCGACCUUCUUCUUCUUCUUCUUCCUCGGCUGCUUUUCUUUCGUUUUUUCUAUUUUUUUCUCACUUGUUUUGUCUAUCAGUUUAUUUUCUUUUAUUUUUAUUUAUUUAUUUAUUUAUUUAUGUUUUUUAA